AUGGGCGGCGAUGAGGUAGAAGCAAUUACUAUUGACGAAGUGCGUCUAGUCUUACAAGGAUUAUACAUUCGACAAACUUAUGAUCUCGGAGAGACAGAACAAUGGAUCGCUAUCAAGUCCACACCCGCGAAACGCAAGUUCUCGCCAGAACCACACGAUAUUAUAAAGGAAAUUGAAUUACUUUCGAAGAUCUCUCAUAUUAAUAUUAUCGACGUUAUUGGAUCGAAGCGCACAGGCGCAACGAUUGAACUGUACACGCCUUGGAUACCUUACAGUCUCGAGAAUCUCCUUGAUACUCCAACUUUUACUCCUAGUCCGAUACCCACACAGAUUAAGCAUCUUGUUCGCGCUGCAUAUGUUGAUGCACAGAACCCAUCUAGAGAAGAAAUCUUCGAGGUUGUUACGAAGUCUAUCGUCUAUCAACUCAUCCGUGCCCUUGAAUAUUUACAUGGGUUGGAAGAACCUGUCGGUCAUCGGGAUAUCAAACCGAGAAAUGUCUUGAUAGAUCCAAAUGGAUGUGUUAAGCUCAUUGACUUCGGUAUCGCAUAUCAAGAGAGCACAAAUGCUGACGCUGGGAAUUUAUGGCCCGAAUCGAAAGACAAUAUGUAUAACGACGUCGCCACUGGACCAUUUCGAGCACCGGAGCUACUCUUUGGACCAAAAACGUACGAUGCAUGUGGUACAGACUUAUGGAGUCUCGGAUGCACCAUAGCACAUUUCUUCACACCCAUCCAGUUGCACCGUAAUUUAUACAUCGAUGACGAAAACGAUGAAGACGAACAAGCUUGGUCGAACGAUGACGAUAAGCCGAGACUGGCGUACUUAGUCCCAAAGGACGUCGACGCUGUCACUUUCCGCUCUGCGGAAUGGGCACGUCAACCGCUAUUUGAAGGCAGACGAGGAAGUAUUGGGCUUGCAUGGAGCAUUUUCAGUCUCAGAGGAACACCAAGUACGGAAAACUGGCCUUGCUUCGAGGCACUUCCAGAUGCCAACAAAAUCCAAUUCAAGGUUGUUCCGUCCCGCGAUAUCCGACUCCGUUUGCCGAACAUACCACCCAACACGCCGAGUACGGGUUCGGAGCACAAGGCGCCGGAACAGUUUGCUGCAACGCCAUUGGACCUCAUACAUCGUCUGCUCGUGUAUCCACCAGAAGAUAGACUGAAGGCCGCGGAUGCAGUCGAGCAUCCAUGGUUUACAACUACCCGCGAAGAAGACGUGUUCGGCACAGAUGGAAUGGAAUGGGAAGGGCUUGAAUUAUUGGUUGAAUACUGCGUUUGGGAAUCAGUAACCUUUACUAGUAGGCGCAUGCUUGUCCAAUGGAAAGAGACAGCAUAA